GCCGGAGCCUUACCGUGCUAUACCGUGUUGCACCGUGCCGGACAGCAUGAGAUUAUCAUAUCAUUCCCGCCUCUUCUAAUACCACACCACCUUGUAAUAUCAUGCCGAACAAUACCAAUCUCUUCUCUCGAAUAGCCUACCAUUCAGUUUAUGUCUUACUAUGUCUUCUUCUCGCCGCCUUACUUCUUGUCGUCCCUGGCGACUUCGUUCGGCAGGUAUUACUUUCUAAUAAUCAGUACAUCAAUUUAAUUCUCACGGCUAUUGUCUUUGUUCUUACUGUACUUAUUGUUUUAUUUGUUUACGCGUUGAGGCUGUAUGUCACUCGUACAGUACUGGCCUCUAUACCCAAAACCUGGAUUCCAAUUGAGAAAGGCGAUGUAACCAAGGAAGUCCGAAAGAUGAUUACCAACAGCCUCGGCAGAAGUGCUGCUAUCGCACGGGGGGCUCGGCCAAAGGUGAUUACGCCAGCAUCUCGACCAACAUCUCUGGAAAAUGCCGCAGGGGAUAACGGAGCGGUCGACAGUAAUGCAAAGGAACAACGAAAGUCUCUUCAGCUUUUCCGGCCAAAACCAACUGCGACAGCUGAGGAGCAAAUGGGUAUUGCCUUCCCACCAUUACGGCCUGUCUGGGGUGAGAUUGAACAUGACGGAUGGGGUUCACCAAGCUCGCCAGACCUUCCCAACCUUCAGUACAGCACUGUUCUCUCGGAGCUGCCGAAUCUUAUCGAGGCGAAGGCCGUUUCUCAAGCACCUCCGGAUCCCGCAUCUCAUACAGAUCCGCCCACGUUGGAUGCUGACGCCGUUGCCUUACUCCAACGUUCUCAUACCAUGACUAUGAGGGAUUACGUCAUGAAUCUCAUAAGCCUCGGCGUACUACCUAGCUCGCAGAACGCUUUCGAGUUCCUUGAUAGUUAUGAACGCGCCCGCUUCUCAACUCGGUCUUUAUCCGAGACGCAUUUCAGGCAAUUGAUGCACCUUUUCGCCGAGCUGCUGCGCGCAAUGCAACCUCUGGAUGCUGCCUCGAUAUACGAGUCACAUGACCCUGAUGACGGUUAUUCUGAAAGUGACGGACAUAUCGAUGAUGAUGCUCCGAGGGAUACUACCCCUACCACACCCGCCCGCAGCAACUCCAGCUCACUCAGCCUAAGCGGGAGCAGCACGCGCUCGCGUGCUCGGAGGCCAACCCUUCCGGCCCGGAAUUCGUCAACUCGGACAUGGCACCAAUACCGGACAGCACCAACAACACCGAGAAGCAAAGGAGCUAGUGGUGGUAGGGGUCUAUCCCAUUCGCCUAGUACAAACAGCGGAACUAGUAGCUUCGCACAAACGCGACGGCCCUAUUAUCCCACCAGCCAGUCAUCGAGUUCAAGCUUGCGUUCGACGUCCCAGGCGUCAUCAGUUAUCCGUCUUGCAACGCGAGAGGACCGCGGCGACUUGCCUUAUGUCCUAAGAGUCGGAGAAGCCUACUAAGCUAUCGCGACAUGCAUAGCAUAUGUUUCAAGGAAAACGGUAUAAAGAAAAUGGAUGGUUGCAUCUGGUCGGCGUUAGGGAUCACCGGCUCUUCCGAUAUAAGUUUUGAUCUGGAAGAGAACGGUUUGUAUAAAUGAAAUUUUUGAUAUUGUCUAAUGUAAUCCUUUUCCCCAAUUAUUAGGUCGCAUCUCACCGGGUCAACAAUGACGACAACAACAAUAACGCUGCGAUAUAUAUCCGACACGUUCGUAUAGCAUAACGCCGCUCGACAUAUA